CUGAGGGUCACUCUACUACUAGUUGCUGGGUAGGUAGUCUCACAGGCUCACAGCAGCACCAGCAGCAGCACGACAGUGAGUGGCAGCUCUCCACAUUCAACCUCCAUCCACUCACAGUUGCUGUACCUUUGCACAUUGCACUCUUUGCUCCGAACGCUACUCCGUCAUGGCUGCGGCUGAAUCCUAAUCAUCCCUAUCGGAGGCCUCUCCCUCACAUCUUUUUCUUUUCUUUAUCAAUGAGCUGGCGGCCCCCAAUGUACGCAACACAGGGUCACUUCUUCCAACUCACUACUCCUGCUUCUACCAUUGCUCCCGCUGCCGCUUCUGUCCUCAGCAUCUAGAGCACACAAGUGUAGCUAGAGUAGCGCAAGCUGCCACGCCACGCCUACCCUCGUCGUCUCGCUCACGAAAACCAUGGACUCGCAGAUUUCCAAUAUCGAUAUGGUCAACGUCACUCGACCACAAUCCAAAGCACCCAGCAUCAUGGCUCAUGAUCUUGCACAGCGUCCUCGCCUUAGGGUGAAGAAGCAACCUCCACAGAAGAGCAUCGAUCAGUUUUGGGACAGCUUCACCACCAAGCAUCCUGGAAAGAUCUUCACCAUUCUACCUGACAACCUCUAUGCAAAGCGCGCAGCGGCGCAUACACCCAAAGGCUCCAUUCCUGGACAGAAUGCUGUGGCGUCAUAUGAAGAAGCUGCCGAUGCCUGCAAGAAGAAGGUCGAGAAGAUUGUCAAGGAAUGUCGGCGCCUUAACCAGAAGUAUCGCGAUCCUCAUUUCGAUAUCGAAUCCGACUUCAAGCGAUCGCAAAUGUUCCCAGAGAUUCCACCGGACUGUUUGACUGCAUUGAACGAGGACAAGUCCACCUUCCAGCCAAUGUCAGUCAAGAGGAUUGAGGAUAUUUUUGACAAACCUCAAUUCUUUAUCGAAGGAGCUACCGCAAACGAUGUUCGACAAGGCAACGACGGAGACUGCUGGUUCAUGUCCGCACUCGCUACAAUAAGUAACAAAGAAGGCUUGAUACAGAGGGUGUGUGUUGCUCGAGAUGAACAGGUUGGCGUAUACGGAUUCGUUUUUCACCGAGAUGGAGAGUGGAUCUCAGAAGUCAUUGAUGACAAAUUAUACCUGAUCAAAGAGGAUUUCGACGAAGCUACCCUAGGGCGACACCAAUGGCUGGAGUUGCAAAACCGUAAAAGCCCGGAGGAAGAAUACCGUACGGUCAUGCAGACUGGAUCAAGAGCGCUGUAUUUCGCACAAUGCAGCGAUCCAAACGAAACAUGGCUGCCCCUCUUGGAGAAGGCGUAUGCUAAGGCACACGGGGACUACAACGCCAUCGAAGGCGGAUUCGUCGGCGAGGGUAUCGAGGAUCUGACCGGUGGUGUGACCUCCGAAGUUUUCGCAACCGAUAUCCUCGACAAGGACAAGUUUUGGCGCGAAGAGCUCUUGAAUGUGAACAAAACAUUCCUCUUCGGAUGUGGACAGAUGGGUGGAAUCUAUGGCGAACGCCGAGGCAUCCAAGAAAAGCAUGCGUACUCCAUCAUGGAGGCUCGCGAAAUAGGCGAACAUCGUCUGCUGAAGCUUCGAAAUCCCUGGGGCAGAACCGAAUGGACUGGACGAUGGAGCGACGGAUCUGAGGAGUGGACUCCCGAAUGGAUGCAGAUACUGAACCACAAGUUCGGCGACGAUGGCGUUUUCUGGAUUUCUUACAAGGACUUGCUCCGCCAUUACCAACACUUCGACCGAACAAGGCUGUUUGGACCGGAAUGGACCGUUUCUCAGCAAUGGACUAGUGUCAAUGUCCCAUGGUCGGUCGACUACCUCGAUACCAAGUUCAAGAUCUGUUUGUCUAAGCCUAGUCCUGUUGUUAUUGUCCUAAAUCAGCUCGAUGAUCGAUACUUCCUGGGAUUGGAGGGCGAGUAUGAGUUCCAUCUGCAGUUCAGGCUCCACAAGGAUGACGAAGAAGAAUACAUCGUACGAAGCAAUGGCACGUACUAUAUGAAGCGUUCUGUCUCUACUGAAUUGGAUCUCGAAGCCGGAAAUUACACCGUUUUACUCAAGAUCAAGGCGACCAGGCUCCCGAAUCGCACGCCGGAGGAAGUCAUCCGGGCAACAUGUACCACACGCCGUGAGAAACUACUUUCGAUUGGGUUGUCUUAUGAUCUUGCACAUGCAAAGGGACAGUUCCGUGAGCAGGAGCAGGAUAAGCUUCGCCGAGAACGUGAGGAAAAGGUUGAGCGCAAGAAAGCACAGAUGAAACACGCCUACGAGCAGCGUGCCAAACUGUUGAAGAAGCAAAAACUUCGCGAACAGAAGAAGGCUGCUAAGAGCUCGCGGAAAUCCCGCAAUGAUGUCAAAGAGGUCGAAAAGAAGCUUGCCGACUUGAGUGGCCUUGGUAUCAAUAUUGAUGAAGAUCAACGCGUUUCAUUAGAUGAGGACGAGAAGCCCCUACACGCCGCUGUCACCAGGCACCAACGAUCCGGCAGCACCAGCAACCUACCCAUCGAACAGACUCAUGACCGCUCUCCCAGCCCUGGUGGGUUCGCUGGCCGCAGUGGAUAUAACAAAGGCCGCGAUGGCUACAAUGCGAGCAUGCCUGGUGCUCUACAGGGUCGCGGUGGCUACAAUGAAGCCUUCAAAAAGCCACAGAGCAUGGCCGAGGCGCUUCAAGGGCGUGGAGGUUACAACCAGGCAAUGCCAGGAGCUCUCCAAGGGCGAGGCGGUUACAACCAGAAUAUGCCUGGAUCUUUCCAAGGUCGAGAUGGGUACAAUGCGGAGUUGCCUGGAGGCUACCAGGGCCGUGAUGGUUAUAACGGCCGAGAUGGCUAUAACGGAAGAGAUGGAUACAACGGACGAGAUGGUUAUAAUGAUGGGGAGAGAACCGACUCGCCUGUCCCAACACCUUUGAGCGAUGAAUUCCGCCCUGGCACACCCUCUCAACGCCCUUACAGCCCGCGCCCAGAUCGCCGCGGAACGCAACCAUCCCCAACUCCAUCCCGACGCGCCACACUCUCCCCCAUUCCCGGUGUGAGACCUGGUAUCCAAGUCACUCGCGGCCGAGGAGCAAGUACAUGUUCUCACCGUGCUCGUGAAGGCAUCUACGCCACGGAUGAACUAUCCGACUUUUCCUCCUGGGACUCCGAGAUUGACGGCCCAGAUUCGGGCGAUUGUGGAUCAGAUACCGACGGCUUUGAAGAAGUCCCACGCUUCUUGACCGAUCGUGCCCAGUACCAGCGAUUCCGUCAAGAAGAAGAAGACGAGUUCGAGCGCGACCCCUGGAACGCAGUCUGCGUCCUGGGCUUGCGCGUCUUCUCCAAGGACACCGACGUCACCAUCGAAGUCGACAACGGCGAAGGGGCACGCAAGAGGUCCGGCGACGGCGACGACAGCUCGGUCAUCAGCAACGUAGUCAGGCGGAAAGAGAAAGAACUCGACGUAGACGACAGCGCCGCCGACGCAACGAGUCCUCUCCGCACAAGGGGAAAUCUCGAUUCUGCGCUCGCAGAGCGCGUCCAGCAGGUCGGGAAUGCUCCCGCCGGAAUGGAACGCGACCGCUCCGGCACCCUGUCCUAAGCGCAACGCAUCUCUUCCACACUUUAAAUUGUAACCUUCGCGACAUGAUUUCCCACAGUUAGUUUUUUGUUUUACGAUGAAGUCUACGCCACAAAAUCCCAUUCUUUUCUGUAUUGGAAUUUCUCUUUGAUAGGGAGGACGCUUUGGAAUUUUGAAGUCAUUUUUUCACACACAUACACUGGCUGUAGUUGAUGGAAUGGGAUGUACAUACAAGCAAGCGCGGUGUUCUUGGAGUAAUCGUUUUGUUUUGUUUUGUUUUUUCCUUCAAAUAUAGUAAACCUUCGUUGAAUACAUACAUCUCUCAA